CCAGCGAGUGUCCGCCGCGGCUUCUCAGUUUCGAUCGUGUUGUUCCGCGGUUCGCAAGUCGCUCGCGCGCGUGGCUCCUCUCGAGGUUUUUUUUCUUUUCUUUUCGGUUGAUUUUGUUUUUGCCGGAGUUCGAUUAGUGCUUUCGGAAGCAAAUCUUCAGUUGGAAGAAGUUCAAGGUAGAGAAAGAAAAAACUUUAAAGUGUUCAUCAGUGUUAUUUCUCCGAGUUUGCUGAGUUUCGUUUUCAUGACACACACUCCGCAACCAGCGCUGUUUGCCGAGUAGAGUUCUUCGUAUUUCUGUGAACCUGGUGAGGGACUGCCGGCUCUGACCAUCGUUGGAGUUCCCAGAACCCUGACAUUAAGGUGCGUCAUCAUACACAGGUGUUUUUUUUCGGCGGGGGAAAGUGAGCUUGCUGAAGUUGGCGCGUUUUGUUGAGUCGACACCAUACCCCGUCCUUCCAAAACACACACGUAUCGAGGUUGACAAUCAGCCCGUCGUCGUCCGUGGCGUACGUGGCAUUCCUGAGUGACACGUCCAUCGAAUCGUUAAAUCGUUAAAGUCAACCUGGCCCCCGGGUUGUAGCAGCUGAACCAGUCACCACCACGGAGCAGUCACAAAGGUAGGCGAGAUGUCGUCCAAGGCGACUUCGAAUCCGAAAGAGGUGGAGAUGAACACGAUGCACCGGUCCGGGUCGGCAAACCGCUUCCAGGUCAACCUGGUCAAUCAUGACGAGCGGGGUGGUGGUGGCGGAGGUGGAGGUGGUGGACAGAACGGGAAUGUUGGCGAUGCCGCCGCUGCCACCACCGACGACGAUACCUUCCCGGAGGAGAUGGUCAAACGGCGAACGUCCCGGCUGCAGUCGAUCCGGAGCAGCUUCCGGGGGGACAAGAGCAACAACGAGCGGAAGAACUCACAGACGACGCGGUUCAAGGUGGACGGCGACGGGUCCGACUCGAACGACGACGAGGAGGACAACCUGAUUGACGAUAACAGAUACGCCAGAAGCUUCAGACAUUUCACCCGGGAAGCGCUACCACGGGUGGACAACUACCGCAACAUCCUCUCAUUCCAGGCCAACAAUCGGCCAACGCUGGACGAGCUGCACCAUGCGUCCAUCACAAAUAAAGAAACUAUGCGCCGUGGCACCGUCCAGGUGGACAUUGGCGACACGGAGGGUGCCAUCAAGUUCGGCUGGAUAAAGGGUGUCCUGAUGCGGUGCCUCCUUAACAUUUGGGGCGUGAUGCUGUUCCUGCGGCUGAGUUGGGUCGUCGGCCAGGCCGGCAUUAUUCAGGGCGUCCUGCUCAUCACCAUCACGACGGUCGUCACCAGUAUUACGGCGCUUUCGAUGUCGGCCAUCAGUACGAACGGCGUGAUCAAGGGCGGUGGGACGUACUACAUGAUAUCCCGUUCGUUGGGGCCGGAGUUUGGCGGGUCGAUCGGGUUGAUCUUCUCGCUGGCGAACGCGGUGGCCUGUGCUAUGUACGUGGUCGGGUUCUGCGAGUCACUGACGGACCUGCUGGCCACCUUUGGGGUGCAGAUCGUCGAUGGGGAGGUGCAGGACAUUCGGAUCAUUGGGUUGAUAACGAUUGUUAUUCUGCUUGGGAUUGUGGUUAUCGGGAUGGAGUGGGAGGCCAAGGCGCAGGUCGUGCUGCUGAUCAUUCUGCUGGUGGCGAUUGUCGAUUUCUUGGUGGGAACCGUCAUCGGACCGAAGUCGGAUCUGGACGUGGCGAGGGGAUUCGUGGGGUAUAAUUCAUCUCUCUUCCUGGAGAACCUCCAAUCGGACUACCGGCCGGUCAAGAGCGUAACGCACGACUUCUUCUCCGUGUUUGCCAUCUUCUUCCCGGCGGCCACCGGAAUCCUGGCCGGUGCUAACAUCAGCGGUGACCUGAAGGACCCCUCGAAGGCCAUCCCCAAGGGCACGAUUCUGGCCAUCAUCCUGACGUCGAUUUCGUACGUCGGAAUGGCCAUCAUGGCCGGUGCUACCGUGGUGCGUGACGCCACCGGAAAUGUCACGGACAUGGCCAACGGAUCGUGGGCCUUUGCCGAGUGUGCGCCAGAGGAGUGCGAGUACGGGCUGCACAACUCGUUCCAGGUCAUGGAGCUCGUUUCGGCUUUUGGACCGAUCAUCUACGCCGGGUGCUUCGCGGCAACCCUUUCGUCCGCUUUGGCUAGUUUGGUGUCCGCGCCGAAGGUGUUCCAGGCGCUGUGCAAGGACAAGUUGUAUCCUAAGAUUGGUUGGUUCGGAAAGGGCUUUGGCAAGAACAAUGAACCCGUGCGCGGGUACAUUCUGACCUUUAUCAUUGCGGUGGCGGUGAUCCUGAUUGGAGAGUUGAACGCGAUCGCUCCGCUCAUCUCCAACUUCUUCCUGGCCGCGUACUGCCUGGUCAACUUCAGUACAUUCCACGCCAGUUUGGCGAAACCCGUUGGUUGGCGGCCAACGUUUAGGUAUUACAACAUGUGGCUCAGCUUAAUCGGUGCUAUCCUCUGUAUCGCCGUCAUGUUCCUCAUCUCGUGGCCAACCGCGCUGAUCACGUUUGCCGUCGUGCUGGGUCUGUACCUGUUUGUGUCGUACCGCAAGCCGGACGUCAACUGGGGUUCGACGACGCAAGCCCAAACGUACAAGAACGCGCUCAUGUCCGUGCAGCAGCUGAACAACGUCGAGGAUCACGUCAAGAACUACCGACCGCAGAUCCUGGUAAUGUCCGGCCACCCCAGCACCCGGCCCCUGCUCGUCAACUUUGCCUACCUCCUCACGAAGAACCUCUCGCUGAUGGUCUGCGGGCACGUCAACAAAACGCAAACCUCCCAAAAGUACCGCAACUACCUGCAGCGCAAGGCCACCGACUGGUUCCGCCGCCAGAAGGUCAAGGGCUUCUACGCGUACGUCGACGACAACGACUUCGAAACGGGUGCGCGGGCGGCCAUGCAGGCCAGCGGAAUCGGCAAGCUGCGCCCGAACGUCCUGCUGCUCGGCUACAAGAGUGACUGGACCAAGUGCGACGCCACCGAGCUGGAGCAGUACUUUAACGUGGUGCACAAGGCACUGGACAUGUACUUAUCGGUGGCGAUCCUGCGCGUGGCCAAGGGACUCGACUACUCGCAAAUCCUCGGCGAGGAGACCACAGUCAAGCACAUCGUCGAGGCGCCCCGAUCGCUGAUACACAACGACAGCAGCGCCGACCUGGCGGGCCAGAACAAGAUCAGUUCGCUGCACGGAAGCUGCGACUCGCUCAGCCGGAACAUUUCGCAGGUCGAUAGCGUUCGGGAAAAGAAUGAAAAAAAUCUCAAAGCGAGCAGCGUCAGCGAUUUGACCAACGGAACGCCACUAACGCAGACCAUUUCCGGCAUGCCCGACCCCAUGGACAUCAACGCCAAACUGUUGAAUGACCAACGUUCACUCAAGCGCAGCCACAACGAUCCGGCCCUGCUGUACCGUGGCCCGGGUGGUGCCGAACUGCCCAAGGACGUCCUCGACGAGCUGUCGCAGUUUACGAGCAAAAAGAAGACCGGCAUCAUCGACGUGUACUGGCUGUACGACGACGGAGGCCUGACCCUGCUCCUGCCGUACAUCAUCAGCACGCGGCGAAACUGGAGCUCGUGCAAGCUGCGGGUCUUUGCCCUAGCUAACCGCAAGACGGAGCUGGAGUUUGAGCAGCGUAAUAUGGCUAGCCUGUUGGCCAAGUUCCGGAUUGACUAUUCGGAUCUGAAGCUGCUGCCGGACGUGACCAAGAAGCCCGAGGCGAACACGGUCGCUUACUUCAAGAACCUUAUCAAGGACUUUAACGGGGAUGAGCCAGGUCAAAUCUCCGAAGCGGAGCUGCUCGCCGUUCAAGACAAGACGAACCGUCACCUCAAUCUGCGCGAUUACGCGCUCGAGCACUCGAGCAAGUCGGACCUGGUCGUGAUGACGCUGCCGAUGCCCCGAAAGGGCGUCGUGUCCGCCCAACUCUAUCUGGCCUGGCUGGAAACGCUCAGCCAGGGACUUCCACCGUUCCUGUUUGUGCGGGGCAACCAAACCAGCGUGCUGACGUUCUACUCCUAGAAAGGCUGGGCCACCGCUACGGGACGACUAUUUGUUAAAAAGACCAAGUUUUUAUCUCUGUUGAAUUAUGCAUUAAAACCUUUCCCAUUAUAUUUUUUUUUGGUUAGUCUUGUGCGACCGAGUCGUGUAUUCCUCAACAUCGCCGUAAUUUAUUUUCAUGACUUUGCCAGUGGCGUAGGAGGAGAAGGAGGAAGAGGACGAAAAGUAGUACACAAAGUUUUAAUUUAACUAUUCAUUUGACGAGCUUUUCGCACAGAAUAAUGAUACAAACAAUAGCUCGAGCACCUCCUGCGGGGAUUUCAGCUAAUUAGGAUGAGCAGCAGGGCGGAGUAAACUUUAACUUCAGCAUCCUUGCAUUUUCCCCCCUCGUCGUGGAAGCUUAAAUUUUCCCGCGCAAUUUCACCGCAUCAUCCAUUACUGUUAUUGUAUUGUUAUUGCUUAUCUCUUAGUGCCUUUCAAGUGUGCGCCGUUUUCGGUGUUUGCGUCAACAGAUUCGCUGGAAAUAAAUAGAGGAUGAGGACAUUUGCAGCUAUUUGUCCGUAAAUAGAUAUGCAAAUUUGUGCCAACAGAUUUCUUCUGGACGUUGGGAACCAUUUGGGAGCGGGGUCUUAUUAAUUAGAGCCAGCUGCUUCGGAAACGCGGGGAGAUAAGAGCCACCCGAGCGUUGAGAGCUUUUGCGAACUUUUUGUCAAUUUUCAUUUGCAAUUGAAUGAACAGUACUGUUGGUAUGGUUAAAAAGUGUUCAAACUUCCACGAGAAGUCAAUUCAUUCAAUUCUUCGCUGAUUCCAAUCUUAUCUUUGAGUUCCACAAACGCUUAAAAACUGUGCUCUACUAAAAACUUCGAGUAACCAAAAAAAGUUAAAGUUCAUGUUCACGAUUUCCCAAUCAAGCUCCAGAAGAAACCGUGGAAAUUGCCCCCAAAAUAACUGCGUCCAAGCUAAUCGCUCCGAGAAUUCCCCGACAACAGCCCUCCAGUAACCAUAAAUCCACACUACGCAGUUGAGUGGUUUCUGAUUUGAUAGGAAAUCUGCGGGCUACCUGGGUAAUAAAACAAGAGAGAAAAUCUCCGUCUUAAUUCGAAGCAGCUUGCGAGCCUCCUUCCCCGGGGGUAGGAAGAACUUCUAUGGAAUUAAUAGGCAUGUCAUUUUCCAGCAAACCCACGCCACACGAAAAAGCCUACACGCCUAAGAGAAAGCUACGCAGCAAACUUCGAAGUGAACGCAAAAAGUAUUAUUUACAUUCUAGCACCGGUACCGGUACGUUAGGCGAAGAAAGUUUAAUUAAACGUGCGGAUGGUAAGCUAACAUAAACAUAAACUGAUACGCCCCGAACGACAUCCGCUAACGCAUUUCAUAACUGAGUGAAGCCCCAAACCCGCCUAAGGAUAUUUAGUCGGAGAGAGUUGUCUAGAGCCAACCCACACACAAGUUGGGAUAUGCAAGAAAGGUAAACUCUGUGUAAAUCUCGGUGUAAAUAGUAAACGUUUUCCAUGCACUCACCAUCCAACAAACCGGCGAAAAAAGCAGAAAAUGAUCAUAACCAGACGAUACGAUAGAAAUGUCAAGAAUUAUUCGUCCAAAUAAAAAGGUGCUUCAAAACUUGUAAAAA